GGUAAAUCUCACACAGGUUACAUGGUUCAAUUGCGGCCCCAUAGAUAUGGUGGACGAGGGUAAUAUUUUCAUGCUCACCUGGAAUCAGGACUCCGUCGCCACGGCCUUGCAGAACGCGAAUACUACCCAAAUAUAUGCCGAUCUCGAUAUGAGAAUGUGUAACCGUACUAGUGCAGGCUCGCUUUGUACUUACAAAAUAGUAAUUGCGUAUCCAAUACGUGAGGCAGUUGCGCAGUGCAGGACGGUGUUCUCCAAAAUAUCCACCUCAACCACGGUUCAGCUCGUUACCAACAUCAUUGCACACCAAAACCAGUCGCCAUCGUCUUCUUUGCCAGUUUCUGACCCAGUCUCAGGGAUCCAAACCGCCUCGCGACGCCGUGAAACCACAUUACUUUCACUCCUAGCAGCUGCGACUUGCAGGCAUACAUCUGAAAGAUCGUCCACGUUCAUCAGCACCGCCGCUCACUUCGACCGCUCUUCGACCGUCGCAUUGCGAUACGCAGCUCAUAGCGCAAACAUGGGCUGGAUAACGCGUUUUGGCAAUUGGCAAGGGGAUAGGGCCACACCGAAGAAGAAUCCCAUACAAUCCAAACACAUCACCACCGGUCUCCUCUGCAUAUUUUCCGUAUGCGCAUGCAUCGCCUUCUUCCCGCUCAUCAUCAUAUUUGUACCAAAGCCGCAGCUCACAGAAUACAUGCCGAAGGGCAUCAUGUGCGCGACUUGCAAGGAGAUGUGGUACCAUAAUCGCGAUUUGUUCAAUCGAAAGGAUAUGCUGUGCUACGGUCCGCCAACACAUGAUCGUUCAACUAGCAAGGAAGAGGAAGUCAUGUACAGCGAGGAGAAGAGGUGUUGGGCAUUGAAGAAGGGUCAUGAUAAGUGGAUGCGUCCACUCCAUGUCUCGGAUGAAGAGACAAAAAAUUGGGGCAAACAAGCACAAGUAGUCGCCGUGAGAGGUGGACCAUGGCCUUGA